AUGGCAUCAUACGUAAUCGCAGGAGCCUCUCGAGGCCUUGGGUACCAAUACCUCCAAACCCUCAACUCCAACCCCUCCAACACCGUCAUCGGCCUCGCCCGCAACCCCUCCGCCGUGCAAUCCCAACUCGCUGCCGACGGCAUCCCAAACGUCCACGUCCUCGCCGGCGACCUGACCUCCCCGGCCUCGCUCUCCGCCGCCGCCGCCGAAGUCUCCAAGCUCACGAACAGCAAAGUCGACUAUCUCAUCGUCAACGGUGCGUACGUGUCCGACAAGACCAGCGGCCUCACGCCCACGGGCUUCGUCGGCAACGAAGAGCUGCUGAAGGCCGACUUCGAGACGUCCAUCAACACGAACGUGGUCGGCGUGAUUUACACCAUCAACGCGUUUCUCGGCCUCGUGAAGGCGAGCGCGAUCAAGAAAGUGGUUGUCAUCUCGACCGGGAUGACCGAGCCCGAUCUGAUCAAGGAAGCGGAGGUUGCGGCGAGCGUGACGUAUUCCGCGAGCAAAGCUGCGACGAACGUGGUCGUGUAUAAGUAUGCUGUUGAGUUGAAGAGCGAAGGGGUGAUUGUUCUAGCGCUGAGUCCGGGGCUUGUAAGGACGGGGCUGUCGGAGGAGAUGUAUGAAUAUUUGGCGGAGGUGUUCCGGAAGUAUGAGCCUGGGUUUAAGGGGGCGAUUUCGACGAAGGAGAGUGUGGAGGCGCAGUUGAAGGUUAUUGGGGCAGUGACGAUUGAGCAGAGUGGAGAGUUUUUGUCGCAUUUGGGGACGAAGAGGUGGUUGUGAGGUUGGGUGGAAUGCGAAGGG